AUGGCUAGCACAAAAUCCUCGGAUCCAUCAUCCCCAUCCAGGAAGAGCAAACGAUCCAAGACCACUUCUCACCAGAGACGAACCUCUUCAACGGACACCACCACCGACCCUGAUGGAGAUAAAUUCCGGGAUUCUCAUGGGCUAGACCUUGAUUUUCAAGAAAAGUCGACUGAGAAGCCUCAGACGACUUCUGAACCUAAGAACAAACAAGGCCCCAAAAGUGCUGCAAAAUCUGGAAAACAAGCCACACCCGGUACGAGGGAGACAAAAGCAGGGGGGAAACAAAAAAACAAAAAUGAUACAACGGAAACGGCGGAAGGCAAAAUAAAGCAGCUGGGAAAAGACCUUCGAACAGCGAAACAGGAAAUAAAAGAGUUCAAGAAGGAAUGUACAUCAGCGCGGAUCAGGAUCGCCGAGCUGAAAAAUCAGGUAGACAGUUAUCACAAUGACCAUCUUGAGCUCGUGUCCAAAGACAAGGUUGAAGCUGAACUAGACGCUGAACUGGACACCAAGUUCAAAGGCAUUUUCAACGACACCAGGGAUAUCUCCAAAGCUUGGGGCUUUCCAGAUUGGAGCAAAGUCGACAUACCAGAGCUAGAGAAGGUAUUCUCAAACCUCUCGGGUGUAAGCGCGAGGCCCUUUGCCACUGACCGACUCCUGCUGGCUGUUAAGGACAAGAAGAUCCCGCUUCGGGUGGUCUUGAGCGCAUUCAUCAACAAGGAGAUUUGCACUGAAACAUUUGCAAGGCCUUUUGCACACCUGGAGUUCGGCCUGCACGGCCAAGAUGAUGAAAAAACGGAGAUGAUUUUGGAACGGAUUAUGGGAAUCGCCGAAAAGAAAUCCCCAAAUUCGCAACAUAAGCUGAGAGCUACCAUUCUCCGCGCCAUCGAUGACUUUCCCAUGGAAAGGAGUCAGUGGGUAGAGUCUUGGGCACAACAAGCCUUAUCAAUCGCGCAGGUGGAACGGUGCAGACAUGUAACCCAGAGUAUCUUCCAAAAAGUCGGUAUGCUCCUCAAAGAAGUUACAAAUGAAGAGCAAGCCGCAAGAGACACCCAAAUGCUUCAGGUCGUGGAAAGCGCGAUGCGACUGUCGGGCAUUCUCAACAUGCAGUUUCCAAAAAUCCAGUUCUUCUUUUUAAAUGACCUGACCGAGACAAAUUUCUCCUUGAAAGACACCCAUUUCCAGCUGGACCAAGCUCUCCAUAUCGACGAAAGUGAUGAGGGCGACCGCUCUAAGGCGCAAGCACUUGAGAGCCAGCCCAUUGACAUGGUUGUCGAGCCGGCGGUUGCACGAUACGGAAAUAAAAAUGGCGAGGACUAUGAGACGGGGAAUGUCGUGUCCCGGGGUUCGGUUUGGAUAGUACAGAACAACAAGUCGGUUUCUCAGGAAGCUGCCACUUGUCGUCCCGCAGAGCGGCUUUCUAACGACGAAGGGGGCGACACUUCGGGAGAAGGUUCCACGGCACUUAGCAAUCAUGCACCGAAAAUUUCGACGCUCGAUCUCAUUGAAGCCGGUGAACGGAGCCAGAGCGCGGGCAACGCAACCAAGGCUCCGGAAAUGUCUUACAACAUCUGCCGUAACAGACAACCUACUAAGAAAGCGGAUGAAGGGAAAAUAAGAGGGGGUGGUCGGCAGAACGAAUCCAAGCACCAGCAGGGAAGUACGCGGAAUCCCGAACAGCUGGAACCUACAGCAAACCGUCCAGCGACAUCUAAACAACCAGAGAGGCCGUUGGACGAUGAAGUCAUAUGGAUAGAUUCAGACGAUUGCAGAAGCGCAUCUCAGAGCGAUGACAGAGCUGAUCUGCAGACGCAAACUACCGACUCAGCAGCAAGCUCUACUCAGAAGACCGGAGCUCAGCUUCAGCUGCAACCCACAAAUCCUGACCAAGGGCCUAAGAGAUCGCCGCCUAAGCAGGGACACAAGCAAGGGAAGAAAGGCCACUGUCCUCGAGGGGAAACAGGAACAGAGAGCGAAUCUGGAGACGCAGCGGGCAGUCCUGAAGGUGUCGACCAUUCCCAUACCAGCUACGUAAUUGCGUCUCCGGAUGUAUUGUCGUCUAGCUCGCCAUCAGCGGUGGCUUUUGCGUCAGACCAAAGAGCGGAGUCGGUAUCUAAUCAAGGAGAUCCAGAUCAACAUUUCAAAAAGCGCAAGCUUUCCACCUCUAAAGUCGGUGGUCAGCCGGGAGACGAGAAAAAUCUCGAGAACAUUCAGCCUGUGAAAAGACAGGCAAAAAAGAAUAGCGCGGGAGGAACAGAAGUUGUCAUCGUUGCCGUCGUCGACGACGAGUCCAAAACAAGCAACCAAACCCACGGGCAAGCAGAAGGGCAAGGCCACGGACACACUCUCAGAGCAGAUGAAUCAAGCCUCCUCAAUAUCAAGAAAUAUAGUGGAUCUGAAUCCUCAGAAGCGACAGCAGGCUCCAUGGGACAUGUCUACGGCAACGGCACCACGGACAGGUCGUCCACCACCGAAACCUACAUCACAGCUGAUGGAGAUAAUUCAAUCGCUCGAUCACCCCAGAAACGACGGUAG